UUCUGCAUGCAGUUAAUCAAAUCCUUAUAGUGUGGAGAAACAAGGGACCGAGGCUGGACCCUGUUUAGGUUCGAGAGGCUUGGCAGCCGCAGUGCCACCUUUGCGCAUCGUCGGAUCCUCCUUCCACUCAAUCCUCUACUGGUCUUAUGCCGUUGUCUCUUGUAUAAGGGCGUGCACAUACCAACGUCCCUUUUUUUGGUAUGCGGUAACACCCGUUUUUUCUUUGUUUCUUGCGCGGGUAAAAUAAUCAUGGCUCCUAUUGGCCCAGUCCCACCCUUGGUAUUACGUGUGUUGGUGCUCGCAUGUUUACUCAUCUCUACCGCUUAUGCGCAAUGUCCCAUCUACACAAACUACGCCAACGCGCGCCACGAGCCGUUUUCGACGGGGAGAUGGAAUCUUUCUUCUAUGCGGCCCAUUCCGCCUUGUCGGACUUUCUAUUCGGAGGACAUGGAGAGGGAGGUUGAGAGGAUCAAGGGGGUUAUUGUUGAUCCCGAUUUGUUUCGCCUUUUCGAGAACGCCUGGCCUUCUACCCUGGACACCACUAUUGGCUGGAAAGGACUGUCAAAUGUGACUGAAAAGGAAGAUGGCCAAAUGGAGGAUCCUGCAGAACUCAGUUUUGUCAUUACCGGAGACAUCGAGGCCAUGUGGCUUCGUGAUUCGGCGAACCAGCUUCAAGCGUAUGUGUCGCUUUUGAAGGCGGACGGAGGUAAAGACAACAGUUCUCUCGCCAGCCUUUUCCGCGGCGCUAUCAAUCUUCAAGCACGAUAUAUUUUGGGGGACCCAUUCUGUAAUGCUUUUCAAAGCCCAGACGAGAGCGGGAUUCCUCACCACAGCUCGCAAAACAGCGACAAGAUCAGUCCUCCCUACGACUACUUCCGCGUCUUCAGCUGCCAGUGGGAACUGGACUCAGUCGCUUCGUUCCUCCAGCUCUCACACGACUACUAUUCUGCGACAGGCGACUGGGAGUUCUUUGGCAAACACAACUGGACCCGUGCUGUUACCAAAGUCCUCAACAUCACCCAAUCCAUGACCAUAGACAGCUACGCGGAAGACGGUACAUGGCAGCACACGCCAUACACCUAUUGCGCCCCCUACGGCGGAACUCCCAUCAACGACUGCAAUGGCUCUCCCCACCGUGGCAACAUCGGCCUGGUCCGCAGUUUCCAGCGUCCCUCCGACGAUAGCUGCAUCUACCAAUACCUGAUCCCCAGCAACAUGAUGUACAGCGUAGCUCUCAACCUCUCCUCCUCCAUAAUGGCCCAACUCGAACCAUCCACCUCGCAACCCCUAACAGCGCGCAUGCGCAACAUGUCGACCUCGAUCCGCACCGGCAUAGAAACCCACGCCGUAAUCAACGACCCCAUCCACGGCCCCAUAUACGCCUACGAAAUCGACGGCUACGGCUCCGUAAUCCUAAUGGACGACCCAAACCUGCCCUCCCUCCUCUCCGCCCCCUUCAUCGGCUACACCCCGGCCUCAAACCCCGUCUACCAAAACACGCGCGCCCGCAUCCUCUCCCGCUCAAACCCUUACUACGCCUGGGGCCCUGCCAUCUCCGGCGUAGCCAGCAUGCAUACGCGGCCCGGGAAACCGUGGCCCAUGGCUAACAUCAUGACGAUUCUAACCAGCGACGACGAUGACGAGAUUGUGGCGAAUUUGAAGUGGCUGGUGCAGAGUACCGAUGGCUUGGGCCUCAUGCAUGAGAGCGUUGAUGCGCACGAUGCUGGGGUGUGGUCGAGACAGUGGUUUAGUUGGGCUAAUGGCUUGUUUGGCGUCAUGGUGCUGGAUUUGGAGAAGCGGAGGCCGCAUUUGCUCAAGAUGGGGUUUCAGUGAUUCGAUUCCCUUUUUUUUUUUUUUUGGAAAGAGAGAUUAGUAGGGUAAGACUCUGUUUUGAAUCAAUGCAGUGGGGCUUUUGAUUAGCUCACGUGGAAAUCUUCAGCCUUCUUCAAUUGUUCUGUCUUCAUGUUGCUUCGUGGUAUAUGUCUGUCCUGCUUGCUUACGCUUAAAUUCUUCU